CAUGGGAACUAUACUUUAUACUCCCUCAAGUAUUAUAUGAAGGUGCCUGCUUCUCCCAACAUUCCUGUCAAUAAUGUAAAUCACUAUCUUUUCUAAUUUUACCAAUUUGAAUGUGAAGAUGGUGUUUUAUGACAUAUAUAUUUAAUAGCUAUUAUAUAUAUAUCUGUAGCAUUAGAUGUCUUCUCAUACAUUUGCUGACAUUUUUUCUAUAAUGUAUUUCUUUUAUAAAUUGCUUGUUUGUAUUCUUUGUUGAUUUUAAAAACCAAAUUUCAUUUGUCUUAUUGAUUGAUAGGAAUAAUUUACCUAUUUCAAUUGUAAUACUUUAUCAUAUAUUCUGCAGUAGAGGGCAUAGAAGGCGGGCCGUAAGGUUGCAUCUGGCUCUUUGUUAACUAAAGGGUGAUUCUGAGUGGCUUACAUAGUCUGUUAGUUCCUCUUCUCUUUGAUGAGCAUAAUAAAACCCACCCAAGGCUGCUGUGAGGAUUAAAACGUGAUGAGAAGACACACUCAGACAUAUACCUGCUAUGGCAAAGAACUACAUCAGCCAGGUGAAGACCCUGAAAGCACUGUCGUCUGGGGUGCCCUGGAUCAUGACCUCAACCUGGACAUUCCUGGUUUUCAGAGAAGUGACAUAGUGGCAGAUAUACAAUGGCACAAGAGCAGAAACAAGAUUACACGAAUAAAGAACGAUAUGCCACUUUACAAGCCAACGGACAAAUACGAUAUGUUUACAAAUGGAACUCUGAAAAUUAAAGCUCUGAUGAGAAACGAUAGUGAUCUCUAUAAGGUAGAGGUAUAUGAUUCCAAUGGAGUAAACCUACUGAACAAAAAAUUUGAUUUGAAGAUUCAAGAGAUGCUCUCAGGACCUGAAAUUAACUGGAUCUGUGCCAACAGAACUGUGAGCUGCAAGGUAGAAAAUGGAAGUGAUCCUGAAUUACAACUGUAUUUAAAUUCGAGCGUUGUCAAACAAGGUCAUCGGAGGCUCAUCACCUACAUGUGGAACAGCAAGUGGAAUAAAACAUUCAUGUGCAAGGCGAGUAACCAUGUCGAUAAGAAAGUCAUCACGGAGGUCGUCGUGUGUCCAGAUGAAGGUCUGGAUUUGUACCUCAUCAUCGGCAUUUGUUUAGGAGGCAUCGUCUUCCUCAUCUUCGUGGCACUACUCAUUUGCUACAUCAGCAGGAGGAAAAAGCAGAGCCGCAGGAGAGAUGGUGAGGAGCUGGAGAUAAAAGCACAGAGAGCAACCCUUGAGGAAAGAGGCCGGAAGCCUCCCCAGAUUCCAGGCUCAACUUCUGCAAAUCCAGGCAUGUCCCAAACUCCUCCAGUACCUGGCCAUCGUUCUCAGCUCCCCGCUCAUCGUCCCCGGCCUCUUGGCCCCCGUGUCCAGCCCCAGCAGAAGAGGCUUCCUCCGACGCCAGGCACACAAGUUCACCAGCAAAAAGGCCCUCCCCUCCCCAAGCCUCGCGUUCAAACGAAACCUCCCUGUGACGCCGGAGAAAACUCCUAACUCUGUGCUGCAGCUGUCCUCUUCCUCUCAUCAAAAGAGAUGAAAACCGGUCCUUUCCCAUAAAAGGCACUGUGGAAUUUCUGCACUCCGGGUGUGCACGCCCACACCUCCAUCCUCCAGCAAGGGUGCUCUCCAACAGACCACGAUCACCUCCCCAGCCUGUGAGCCACAACCUCCUGAGCCACAGUCUGUGCCUUCUAAUGCAGCCACGUGGAGUCUGACGCAGCCACCUGACGUCUGGAGUCUCUGGCCCCCUUCCCCGAUCACCACUUCACCAGGAAGGGAAAAAACAAUAAAAGUGCGCACAUGAGGAUUGGGUGAUAGAGCGCACGCAGAUUCCCUCUCAGAGCACGUGCCCAUGUCAGAUGUCAAGCAGUCACUGUGGCCGUGUCUUACAAGCAGCUUCCUGCUUGAGACACUCGGUUUUCUCAUGUGCCUGGUGGACACUUGCUCACUGUAUUGGGAGUAGCAGUGAAAUAAAAGCCUUGACUUGA